CUUUAAUGAGUUCCCAUCGUCUCCUUCCACAUUUGUGACAUUUGAACUACAACAACAACAACCAACAAACAUGCUCUCAAACCAUUUGUGUCUGCUUCUUUAUUUGUUCCUUCUGCCUUUCACCUUGUUACCCGGCGUGCAGUGCCAGCAGGGAAGUGACUUCGAUAACCCCCUUGUUCUGCCACGUGUCACCCAUCUCGUGUAUGCUCAAAUCUCCAACUUGACCUCUCUUCUCAAUAACCAAAUCAACGCUCGCUCCAGUUUUUGCGUCAAAGAUCCGGAUGCUGAUUGGAAUAAAGCAUUUAAUUUUUCAUCUGAUUUGGGCUUUGUAUCUUCUUGCAUUCUGAAGACUGAAGGAGACAUUACUCAACGUUUGUGUACAGCAGCAGAAGUGAAGUUUUACUUAAGUAAUUUAUUGGAAAGAUCUACAAGUGCCAACUAUUUAAAGCCUAACAAAAACUGCAAUUUAACCUCAUGGGUCUCUGGUUGUGAGCCGGGAUGGGCCUGUCGUGUUCACCAAAGCCAGCAAGUUGACCUUAGAAAUUCACAAGAGAUACCUGCCAGAACUACAAACUGUCAGUCAUGUUGUGAGGGGUUCUUCUGUCCUCAUGGCAUCACAUGCAUGAUACCUUGCCCUCUAGGUUCCUAUUGCCCUCUCGCUACACUCAAUAAUGCAACUGGUGUAUGUGAACCAUAUCUUUAUCAACUGCCUCCAUUGCAGCCAAAUCAUACCUGUGGAGGAGCUAAUAUUUGGGCUGAUGUUAGUAGCAGUAGCGAGAUAUUUUGUUCGGCCGGAUCGUAUUGCUCCACCACUAUCAAAAGAAUCCCUUGCAGUAGUGGGCAUUACUGCAGGAUGGGUUCUACAUCUGAGACAAGAUGCUUCAAGUUGAGUUCAUGUAAUUCAAGCACUGUGACCCAAAAUGUGCAUGCAUAUGGAAUUAUGCUCAUUGCUGCUUUGAGUACUUUGCUACUCAUUAUCUACAGCUGUUCUGACCAAGUUCUUGCUAUCAGGGAAAGGAGAAUGACUAAGUCUAGAGAAGCAGCAGCCAGAAGUGUAAGGAAGACUGCAAAUGCACGCCAAAGAUGGAAAGCUGCAAAAGAUGCUGCUAAGAAGGGUGCAAGUGGACUGCAAGCUCAACUAUCACAAACAUUUUCUCGUUCAAAGGACUUGGUAGACCCUGAAGAAGUUAAAAUUUUGAAUCAAGCAACUACAGAGGCAGAUAUUGAAUUGUUUUCAAAUUCACAUCCUAUUAGCUCAACCAUGGUUGCUAGUUCAUCCGCAGUGCCAAAGGAGAAGGGAAAAGGACCCAGUGAUCUGAUUCAGAUGAUACAUGAAACAGAAAAUGAUCGAGUUGUUAGUAACAACAUUCAUGUUGAAAUAGAAAAUAGCGAUAAAAAUGUUGCAGCACCUAAGGAAAAACAACUGCAUACACAUAGCCAAAUUUUUAAGUAUGCAUAUGCUCAACUUGAGAUAGAGAAGGCUCAGCAGCAAGAAAACAAGAACCUUACCUUCUCAGGAGUAAUUAGUAUGGCUACCAAAAGUCAACAAAAAAGUAAAAGGCCUUUAAUUGAAAUAUCUUUCAAGGAUCUAACUCUCACUUUGAAAGCACACAAUAAAGAUAUAUUGAGAUGUGUUACAGGUAAAAUUAAACCUGGCUGCAUCACUGCUGUCAUGGGUCCAUCAGGUGCUGGCAAGACAACAUUUCUUUCAGCUAUAGCUGGGAAGGCAUUUGGAUGCAAGGUGACUGGUUCCAUUUUUAUAAAUGGAAAGAAUGAAUCAAUUCACUCCUUUAAGAGAAUUAUUGGCUUUGUGCCACAAGAUGAUAUAGUUCAUGGAAACCUUACAGUGGAAGAAAACUUCCGGUUCAGUGCACAGUGCAGGCUACCUGCUGACUUGCCAAAACCAGACAAAGUUCUGAUUGUUGAAAGAGUUAUUGAAUUCUUGGGGCUUCAGUCUGUGCGGAAUUCUUUGGUUGGAACUGUAGAAAAGCGAGGGAUCUCUGGAGGCCAAAGGAAGCGUGUAAAUGUUGGAUUGGAGAUGGUCAUGGAACCUUCACUCUUGAUCUUGGAUGAACCCACAUCUGGGUUGGAUAGUGCAUCAUCUCAACUCCUUCUUAGAGCACUAAGACGUGAGGCUCUUGAAGGAGUGAACAUUUGCAUGGUGGUUCACCAACCCAGCUAUGCUUUGUUUAAGAUGUUUGAUGACUUGAUACUCCUGGCAAAAGGUGGUGUUACUGUAUAUCAUGGAUCAGUCCAGAAAGUUGAAGAAUACUUUGCAGGCCUUGGGAUAACUAUCCCAAAGCGCAUUAAUCCUCCAGAUUACUUCAUUGACAUUUUGGAGGGCAUUGCAAUGCCGAGUGGAAGUUCAGGAGUGAGUUAUAAAGAGCUGCCAGUUAGAUGGAUGCUUCAUAAUGGAUACCCUGUACCUCUUGAUAUGCAGAAGAAUUCUGCACAAUAUGAUACAUACGUAGCUACAAACCAAGUAAAAGAAAUGGAUGUUGAUGGCUCUAGCCAUGAAGAAAGAAGCUUUGUUGGAGAAUUAUGCCAAGAUGUAAGAAAUGUUAUGGAAUUAAAGGGGGAGAAAAUAAGACUCAAUUUUUUAAAAUCAAAUGAUUUAUCUGACCGUAAAACUCCUGGUAUAUUCAAGCAAUACAAGUACUUCCUGAUACGGGUCGGGAAGCAGCAAUUACGAGAAGCAAAGAUCCAAGCUAUAGAUUAUUUAAUAUUAUUACUUGCUGGAGCCUGCUUAGGAUCACUUUCAAAGGCAAGUGAUCAGACCUUCGGUGCAGCUGGAUACACCUAUACGGUGAUUGCUGUAUCUCUUUUAUGCAAAAUUGCCGCCUUGAGAUCAUUUUCUCUUGAUAAAUUACACUACUGGAGGGAGAGUGAUUCUGGCAUGAGUAGCUUGGCUUAUUUUCUCUCUAAAGACACAAUGGAUCAAUUUAAUUCAGUGGUCAAACCUGUGGUGUACCUCUCUAUGUUCUAUUUCUUUACAUAUCCAAGAUCAACUUUUGCAGAUAAUUACAUAGUGCUGCUUUGUCUUGUAUACUGUGUGACUGGCAUUGCAUAUGCAUUAGCCAUAUUCUUUGAACCUGGUGCAGCACAGCUAUGGUCAGUACUUCUACCGGUUGUUUUGACACUUAUUGCAACACAACCAAAAGACAGUAAAUUUUUGAAGGGUAUAGCUAAUUUAUGCUAUUCUAAGUGGGCAUUAGAAGCAUUCAUAAUUGCAAAUGCUGAAAGGUAUGAUGGAGUGUGGCUCCUAACUCGUUGUGGUUCACUAAUGAAAAGUGGCUAUAAUCUUCAUGAUUGGAGUUUGUGCAUAUCCAUCCUCAUUCUUAUGGGGGUAAUUGCUCGGGCAGUAGCAUUUUUCUGUAUGCUUACUUUUCAAAAGAAGUAAGGCCUAAUCUGCGAGUUAUUUACAAAUGGAGUGUGCAAAUUGGAAGGAAAGCACGUGUUUCAUGUUCAAUUGCGUUAGGAUUCUCAGCAUUCAAGAAUGUCUGAUUAAUUUUCGGGGCUAAUGUUGAUUAUUUGACACGAGAUCGUGCGUGUUUCAAUUCUUAAGAUCAUAUUAUGUAUAGAUAUUCUGCCUAAAUUCAUGAUCUACUAUUUUGAUAUGAUACGUUUGUAUAUGGCUAGUUUUAGUGUGUUUGUUAUAGCAAUGUAAUAGUAUUUAAUGCUAUAAUCGAUCUUUUCAUGUUUUU